AUGACUGUCUUUAUCUGCUCUCUAUUCCUCCCCAAAACCAUCCAAUUCAGCCUCCCAGGCAACUCUCGCCGCCGACACACAAUCUCAAAGCGCCAAGGGGCUUUUGCGCCAGCACAGCCGCCAGCCGUCGAUGUCACGCCCAGUCUCUUCACCCGACAGCCCGACAUCACCCCUCCUCACACCCCGGUCGACGAACCCACUACGCCCGAUCCAUUCGCCAACGAAGAUGGCUUCCGCAUCCAAUUCCCGCACAGCGACAACUCGCCCGCCGACAAGGGCUCCAAGUCCUGGGGCGGCCGCGCUGACCAGCCCAAGUCGCGUGCCAACACGCCGCCGCCGGCCGACAUCUUCGAGAGCCGCCGGACGCUGCAAAAGGCUACGGAGCUGGGCCGCCGCGGCAUCGUCAAGCCCCGGGCUCUGAUGCGCAGCGAGAGCCAUGAUAAGGUCUUUGCUUCGGCCCAGUGGCGUGUGGUCAAUGCCGACCAGGGCAAUGGCGGUCUUCGCAACGCCGCCAUGGCUGCUGCCCGUGACGGAAAACUGUCUGACUACACUUGGGUUGGCACACUCGGUAUGCCCACUGAUGCCCUCGAGGGUACUCAGCAGAAGCAGGACAUUGAAGAUACCCUGGCCACUGAGCACGACAUGCUGCCCGUCUUCUGCUCCGACAAGGACUUUGACGGCCACUACAGCCACUUCUGCAAGCAGAUGCUGUGGCCCGUCUUCCACUACCAGAUCCCCGAUAACCCCAAGAGCAAAGCAUACGAGGACCAUUCAUGGAAGUACUACGUCAAUGUCAACCAGGCAUUCGCCGACAAGAUUAUCCAGAACUGGAAGCACGGUGAUGUCAUCUGGAUCCACGACUACCACCUGCUGCUCGUGCCUGGCAUGAUCCGCAAGAAGCUGCCCGAGGCCAAGAUUGGCUUCUUCCUGCACGUUGCCUUUCCCUCAUCCGAAGUCUUCCGCUGUCUUGCUGUUCGCAAGGAGCUCCUCGAGGGUAUGCUAGGAGCCAACCUCAUCGGUUUCCAGAUCCAAGAGUACACACGGCAUUUCCUGCUUACUUGCAGUCGCAUCCUCACCGUAGAGGCAACACCGGAAGGCCUGCAGCUGGAAGACCGCUUCGUUGAUGUUGUGCAUCUCGCCAUUGGUAUUGACCCCAUCAGCUUGAACAAGCACCGUGCAGAGCCGGAGGUCAUGAAGUGGCUCUCCGUCAUGCAAGAGCGCUACCAAGGCAAGAAGCUUAUCGUUGCGCGAGACAAGCUCGACCAUGUUCGCGGAGUCAGACAGAAGUUGUUGGCAUACGAGCUGUUCCUGAAUAAGAAUCCGGAAUGGCGUGAGAACACUGUCUUGAUUCAAGUGGCCCUAUCAUCAGGCGAGCCCAGUGAGCUUGAUGCUGCUGUCUCGGAUAUCGUUACACGCGUAAACUCAUCGUGGGCAAAUCUGGCUUAUCAACCCGUGGUAUAUCUCAAGCAGGAUAUCGACUACGCCCAGUACCUCGCGCUCCUUUCCAUCGCCGAUGCGCUCAUGAUCACCAGUCAGCGUGAAGGCAUGAAUCUCACCUCGCAUGAGUACCUCUUCUGUCAGGACGGUAAGAUCCUCCCUGAUAAGAAGCAUGGCUCCCUCAUCUUGUCCGAGUUCACCGGCACGUCAUCACUCUUUGGAAAGAAUGAGCUUUCGGUAAAUCCUUGGGACUACCGACAGUGUGCCGAUGCCAUCAAGCAGGCGCUCGAGAUGGGUGAGGAGGAAAAGACGCGCCGGUGGGAAAACCUCUACAAGUGUGUCGUGCACCAGACGGGUUCUCACUGGUUCACCGAGCUCCUCGGUCAUCUCGAUCGAUCAUACGACGAGCAGCACAAGCGCGACCAGACCUAUGUGCCUCGCCUCUCGAUGAACUCGGUUUCUGCUCAGUACGCGAGUGCACAGCGACGACUCUUUAUCUUGGAUUACGAGGGCACACUCGUCAGCUGGGGCCCCGUCAAUCAAAUUAUCCCGGUCAGCCCGCAGCGGACCCUAGACGUGCUCAAUGACUUGCUGCUGGAUGAACGCAACACCGUCUACGUCAUGUCGGGCCGGCGGCCGGAGGAGCUGGAUCGUGUGUUCCGACGUGUGCCGAACCUGGGCUUGAUUGCUGAGAACGGCUGCUUCCUCAAGGACUGCGGCAGUGACGAGUGGCUGGAGAUGGCUGAUGCGUCUCAAAUUACAAACUGGAAGGAAUCCGUCAAGCCCAUCAUGCAGUACUAUCUCGAGAGAACACCAGGCUCCCAAAUCGAAGAGCGACGCUGCAGCCUCCUCUUUCACUACAACAAUGCCGAAGACUAUGACACAGCCUCGCGCCAGGCUUCUGACUGUGCCAGCCACGUCAACGACGCCUGUGAGUCGCAGCGGGUGCAUGCCUUGGCAGCAGACGGCGCCAUCCUUGUCGAACCGCUGGACUGGACCAAGUGCACUGCGGCGCAAUGUGUGUUUGAGCAGUUGAGCAAGAGCGUAAAGUCAGAUGAGGCGCACGGAAAACCUGUUGACUUCCUCAUGGUUGUUGGUGACGGCCGAGAAGACGAAAAAGUGUUCAAAUGGGCCAACAACCUGGGUAGCCAAGAAAAGAUUGAGCAUGUUGUGACGGUUAGCCUUGGCAGCCGAAGCACUGAGGCGACGGCCACCUUGACACAGGGCGUGAGCGGAGUCUUGAACUGCCUUCAGCGACUGGCGUCUAGUUCAUGA